UGCCCUCCAUGCUCCACAUCCUCUUAGCGUCUUCAAUGUCUCCCUCAACAUUAUUUAUUAGACAUAGUUGGAAAAGAUAAAUAAAUAUGAGCAGAAAUUAAACUAGCAGAUCAGUAUACACUACUAAGAGAAGCAUAAAUCCUUCCAUGCUUUUUGUCUUUGAUGCAGAUAAUUAGCUUUUGGUUCUCCAUUUCAUCCCUUCUUCCCCUUUCCUAUUUCUUGCAACCUGUCUCUCUACAUAAACCAAACACAACUCUAAGACAGAAGAAGAAGUACUACUACACUUCUUCAUAUUCUUAUACCCUUCUGCAAUAUCCGAGCUUCCAACAUUCUUGUCUUUGAUGCUAGCUUGAUUGCAAGUUUGGGAGGUAAUUAAGAAACUUAGAUCGAGCAUAUAAUGCAAGUUCAAAGAGUGUUCAUGGAAGCUGGCUCGAUGCCGUCGCCGCCUGAUCUUUCUCUCCACAUUAGCCUUCCCAACAGCAGUCCCUCACUUCGAGAAGGCGCCGCCGGCGUUGCAGAUGCGCACACUGAGCUUUCCCUCGCAAGCCCGCCGUCGAUUUCUGACACCAUGAGGAUAUGGAGAAGGCAAGGCCGAAUGGCGUCGCCGCCGCGAGAGCUAUCUCCGGAAGGCGGCACGAGGCCGAUAAAAGGAAUACCAAUCUACAACAGUAGUAUCAGCAACAAUAGCAACAGCAACAACCCCUUCAAUUUCCUCACACAAAUGCCUUCUUCUUAUCAAUCCGCAUGGUCGUCGGCCUCGGAGACACCGGCGUGUUUCUUGAGCCCAAUCGCCGGUGUGCCGCCGUCUGGCUCGACUUACAACCAUGGCUUUGUCGCUCCAUUGGCGAGGUUCAACUCGAUGCCUGCCAAUUCGGCUAAAUUUUAUGGCCAGCAGAGCUAUGAUUACCAUCAUCUUCUUCAUCAUCAUCAGCAACAACAACAACAAUUUGGCUUCGGUCCCUUCGAGGCACCGAACAGUCUAAUGAGAUCCAGACUACUGUCGAAGAUCACGACGAAGAGGAGCAUGAGAGCUCCGAGGAUGCGGUGGACAAGCACACUCCAUGCUCGAUUCGUCCACGCCGUAGAGCUCCUCGGCGGGCAUGAGAGAGCUACUCCAAAAUCGGUUCUUGAGCUCAUGGAUGUUAAGGAUCUCACUCUAGCCCAUGUAAAGAGCCAUUUACAGAUGUAUAGAACUGUGAAGACCACUGACAAGGCUGCAGCUUCCUCAGGCCAAUCAGACGGCUCUGGAGAUGAAGAUCUCAACUUUCGACGGUUGAUGGAUAACAGAGGAACUCAUGACACAGACUCUGCUUCAAAAUGGAGCAACUCAUCAAGCAGAGGAGCUUGGCUGCAUUCAAAUGCAAGUGAAAUGGAUGAUCUUAGACCUGCUAACUUCUCAUCUGAAGCUGAGUGUAAUAUGAAUUCAUCACCAAAUGAAUCACCAAGGUCACUCAAAGAAUUUGAAAACCCUAGCUUGGAAUUUACCCUUGGAAGGCCAGAUUGGCAUAGUUCAGAGCAUGAUUAGCUUAUAAUUGUGCAAUUUAGUCCUCAUGGUUUUGCUCUAGACUUUCUUUAAAUAGGUGCAAAUAGAAAAGGAAAUGAGAUGAUGGAAUGAGUCAAAAUUAACUAUGUUCAUUUGUAUGUUGCAUGAGUCAAAAAUUUCAUAUUGUUCCUUAACUUCCCAAUAUUCUCCACUUUCUUUGUGAAGUGUGAUAAUUGAGUUUAUUGUAAUGAAAGGUGUUUGGGCUUAUGGGUAUGCGUGUGUGUUUGUGUGUGAGAGAGAAGAAAGCGAUUUUUGCUCUCAAGGGGAAUUCAAUAUCUUGGUUGUUUGCUUCAUUUUUUCCUUUGUUAUUUGUAAUUACUUAGCCUUUUUUUUU